AUGUGGGGCUGUGGCGACCCCGGCGGAGCUGCCGCCUCCGCCACCGUCGUGCUGAGCGGGACCCGCGACUGCUUCCUGCACCUGCCGCCCGCGCUGGCCGCGCUCCUCCGCCUGCAGCAGGGCCAAGCUGUGAAAGUGUCCUAUGGUCAUCAGCCAGUAUUUUUGAGCUGGAUGGAAAUGAGGCAUCGAGGUCACCGAGAUGAAAAUAUUGCAGAGAUUAACAGACAGUUAGCAGAGAAACUUGGCAUCACAGAUGGAGAACAGGUAUUUCUUGAACCCUGUUCCCAUGUCUCCUCCUGUCAGCAAGUAGAAGUGGAACCACUCACAGCAGAUGAUUGGGAAAUUCUGGAGCUGCAUGCUUGCUCUCUUGAAAAACAUCUUCUGGACCAGAUUCGAGUAGUAUUUCCAAGAGCCAUCUUUCCCGUAUGGAUUGAACAGCACACUCAUGUUUACAUCAGAAUCGGUACACUUAUGCCAGCAGCCCCAUAUGGGAGAUUAGAACCAUACACGGAGCUUCUGGUAUGUCCCAAAACACAUGGACCGGAGGAGAAUGUCACCAGCACACCUUCCACAGAAAAUGACAUCUUACUCAGAAAUUUUGUGAAAAAUAACAUGGAGCAAGAAGAAACAGUAAAGGAUCCUUUUGCCAAACAACCUUACUUAAAGCCUAGAAUCCUUGAACAGAGUAAGGCUGAUGCAAACAUGACGUUUGGCUCAAAUGUUCUCCCAAAUAUAUGGAAUUUCAUGGGGAACAUUUUCUCUCAUACAUCUUUGCAGAAACAAAAGACUUUGUGUGAUAAAGAUGAAAUGAGCACCUUCAAAGACAAGCUGCUGAACUUAAUUCACAUGGAUUCCAUUUUUAGAGUAUGUCAGUCCCAGCCUCCCAGCGUACAGAAUGCAUCCGCCACUCAUGCAUUUCUGAAAUGCAAUGCUAUUCAUGUUUUUCCUUGGAAUUUAGAAUUUAUUGAUUUGGAUCCAAGUCCUGUAGUAUCUUAUGGGAAAAUUAAUGAGCUGCUUUCCCCGAGACAGCGUCACCAAGAAGCAAAGCAAAAUCUGCCACUUGAAAAGCAAAAGCCUUUGACUAGUCCGCAAGACAAAAGUCAUUCUGAUUCUAAUAGCAGUCAAGCAUCCAGUGAGGGAUCUGUUGUUCAAAUCGUUUGGAAUGGAUUUGAAGACCUAAAGAGUGUCAUAGAGCAUGGCCACAAUGAGGAAGCCCUACAUGUUGGAAGAGUUUGGAUUCCCGAUGGUCUGAGAAAAAAACUAAGUAUUGAAAUACACUCAGCAGUCCGAAUUCAGUCAGUUGAAUCUAUUCCUAAAAUUCCCGUGUCUCUUAUGCUGCAACCCAAACAGAACUUACAUAAAGAUAUACAUGAAGAUGAUGUUAAAUGUGCUUUCAGUUCUUGGCUGCAGGAUUCAAGUACUGAUGAUCACCCGUGGAUGAUGACAAGCAGAGACUGUAUACAUCUAUCUUUUAAAGAAGGAAUGGAGGAGUUUGUCCUUAGUGUAGUGCAUCCUGUGCACACUGAAGAGAAUAAGUCUGAGAAUAUUUUUAUACUGAGUCCCAGUUUGCUGCAAAAGACUAAUAUACAAGUUCUUUUACAUCCUGUAACUAGAAAAGCUGAUGGUGACAGCCAACCACCUAUGCGUGAUACAGACAAGAACCUUCCAUACCACAAACUAAACAGUUUAGGAGGAGUGGACAAAUUAGGAACAUCUUUAUUUGAACACAUAAGCCACAGUCUUCUGGGGCGUCCUUUGUCUCAAAAGCUGGCUGCUAUUGCUGUGGGACUGCGAAGUGGAGGAGUGCUUCUCACAGGAGGAAAGGGAAGUGGAAAGUCAACGUUAGCAAAGGCCAUCUGCAGAGAGGCUUUCGAUAGACUGGAUGCUCACGUAGAAGUAAUUGAUUGUAAAGCUUUAAGAGGAAAAAGAUUAGUAAACAUAAGGAAAAACGUGGAAGAAGCUUUUUUAGAGGCAGCAUGGAGACAACCAUCCAUUCUUUUGAUGGAUGAUCUUGAUCACAUUGUUGGAGUACCUUCUACACCAGAGCAUGAGAACAGCCCUGAAACCGUUCAAAGCAAUAGACUUGCUUAUGUUUUGAAAGAUCUAAUCAAAGAAGUUAUUUCCAUGGGGAGUUUGAUUGCAUUAAUUGCCACAAGUGAGUCUGAACAUUCCCUUCAUCCUUCCCUGGUUUCAGCACAAGGAACACACAUAUUCCAGUGCUUCAAAUGUAUCCGAUCUCCGGAUCAGAAGCAAAGAUGUGAAAUGCUGUAUUUCAUAAUAAAGAAGAAACUGAAUUCUGAUCCUAAGAACUUUCCUGAUCUUGACCUCCAAUGUAUUGCAAAGGAAACGGAAGGUUUUGUUGCCAGAGAUUUUACUAUGCUGGUUGAUCGUGCUGUUCAUACCUGUGUUUCUAACCAGAAUGCAUUGGAUAAUGGUGAAUUGAACCUAUCAACUGUGGAUUUUCAGAAAGUUCUGAAAGAUUUUACUCCAGUAGCUCUGAGAAAUGUCAACCUUCAUAAACCUAAAGACCUUGGCUGGGACAGGAUUGGAGGCUUAAAAGAUGUGAAGCAAAUACUCACGGAUACCAUCAUGUUACCUGCAAAGUAUCCAGAAUUAUUUGCCAACUUGCCCAUACGACAGAGAUCAGGAGUCUUGCUGUAUGGAGCACCUGGAACAGGAAAAACACUGUUAGCAGGAGUAGUUGCAAGAGAGAGUGGAAUGAACUUCAUCAGUGUCAAGGGACCAGAGUUGCUCAGCAAAUACAUUGGAGCAAGUGAACAAGCAGUUCGAGAUAUCUUUAACAGAGCUCAGGCAGCUAAGCCUUGUAUCAUUUUCUUCGAUGAGUUUGAUUCUAUUGCUCCACGCCGAGGUCAUGACAACACAGGAGUUACUGACCGAGUGGUUAACCAACUGUUGACUCAGUUAGACGGUGUGGAAGGCUUACAAGGGGUUUAUGUGCUAGCUGCUACUAGUCGCCCGGAUUUGAUUGACCCUGCUUUGCUAAGGCCAGGUCGACUGGACGAGUGCCUGUACUGUCCACCUCCUGAUCAGAAUUCACGCUAUGAAAUCUUAAAAGCUCUCAGUCAUUCCCUGUCCUUGGCAAAUGAUGUGGACUUUCAGGAUUUGGCAGCAAAAACAGAGCAGUUCACGGGGGCUGACCUAAAAGCUUUAUUAUACAAUGCCCAAUUAGAGGCAAUCCAUUCUAACCUAAAUUUAGGUUUAACACAGGAUUUUGGAUCUAGUUCUGAUAGUGACUUCAGUCUCUCUUCCAUGGUUUUUCUAAACCACAGCAGUGGCUCAGAUGAUUCAGCAAUAGAUGGAGAAGCAGGGCUAGAGCAAUCUCUUGUUUCUUUAGAUAUGUCUGACUUGCUUCCUGAAGACCCAAGGUCCAAUAUGUAUCGUAUUUAUUUUGGAAGCUCUUAUGAAUCAGAGAUGGGAAAUGGAACUCCUUCAGAACUGAGCUCUUUGUGUUUGUCCGGACCAAACUCCAUCACUUACGACUUUACCAGCCUGACUCAGAGAGAUGUAGCAUCCUCACAACCUUCAAUGCUCAGAGUAGCUUCUCAAGAAGGCUCCCUGGAGAACAACCAGGAGCAGCAAAUAGAGCACCUGAGGACAGAAGUCAGUGCUAUCAAAACCAGUAACAGAAGCAAGAACGGAGAGGACAGCACCCUUAAUCAGUCAGGGCUUGCCAAGACCACUUUAAUUAUUACCCAGUCCCAUCUGAUGACUGCACUUCAGGGUAUGAGACCAUCCAUUAGUCAAGAUGACUGGAAGAAUUUUACUGAACUGUAUGAUAAUUUUCAGAAUCCCAAGAAGAGGAAAGGACAAGGUGGCUCAACAUUCAGACCAGGACAAAAAAUUACUCUAGCUUAGUAACUUGUAUUUGUUUGUAAUUGCUAAACUGUAACUGGAAAUGACAAAUGUGAUUAAAUCAGAUUAUUUAUAUUCAUAUGGAUUUAUUAAUGCAGCAGUUGAAGAUAAGUUUCUUUUAAAUUUACAUGCUGUAAGAUUAUGUCACAUUUUAUUUUGAAGAAAAUUGUCUUCCUUCAGAUUGAUAUUAAAUUUUUUGAGAGAACAUUGGUUACAUUCUGUCCUGUUGUUUAUCACAUAAACUUUUAAAUCUUGGGUUUUAUCAAUAUAGUUGCCAAAUCCUAACAACAAUUUCCUGUCCCUCACAAAAAUAGAAUCUGUUCAAAUAAACUGUAAUAUAUAAUGGUGGAAAUGUUUUUUUUAAAAAAACUAUAAAACCAUUCUCUAAUGGCCUUUGGAGGGCUUAGAGGAGGGUGGUCCUUUAUGUGUUUGUUGGUAGGCAGCUAGACUAAUACUUUCAGAAUAACUAUAGCAAAAAAAAACCCAACCAAGAUAAUUGUAUCUUGUUUUAUGCCACUGUUUAUUAAUCAGAAGAAUAUCAAGUUACAUUUCAGAAGUAGUACCUUCUUAUCCCUACCUUUUCUUCUUGGAGACCAUAAAAAGCAUUUCUCAAAGAGAGUUUCUUGCUUGAGUUCUGUGGGUAUUUGCACCACAUGAAAUUGGGAGAUUAGACUACAAUCGAUGUCAGUGGACAGGUAAGGAUUCGCUUCUCUCUCACAAGCAUCGUUUGAGAAUAACCCAUGUACAGCUGCCACUUGAGAACCUGGGCUUAAGGUUCAAUUGCUUUAGUUUUCCCGUUUCUGAAAUAGCCCAAGUGGUAACAAUCUACCAUAGGCACACUGAAAUGAAAUUCUGUUGCCUAUGGUUUAGUGGCUGUUCCAGUGAUGCAGCAAAGAGAUAUAGGAUAACGUAUUUUCAGAUGCUCAGGUAGGGGUUGGUAAAGAAAUACUAAAUCAGUUCGCUGGUGUUCACAUCACAAGUGUGAGUCAGACUAAGAAAUGAAGUGGGAAAAAUCAGUCCUCUAUAUCCUCUAGCAGCUGGCAGGGCUUUUGUAAGGCUCCCAAGUACCCAAGUGUUCGGCCUUCCUGUGAUGUCCUACAGCAGCAGUGCUAUUAGAUAACCAGGGCAGAUCUUGCACCUCUCAACUGUCACACACCAGCCUCCAAAAGUCUUUAAUAGCUUGAAUUAGUUUUAAAUGUUUUUGUGAAAACUGGUAUUUCAGGGGAAAAGUCACUCUGCAAAUCCUGGGUGCAAAAAGAUGAUCCUUUUCUUCAUUGUUUGCACAGAACCAGCUCUUGAGAUCCUGCAGUAAUGAUUAUUAUCUGAUUUAGGCACAGCUGUAGCACAGUACAUAUCUUGUGAGACCCAGUGAAUAAGUGGAUGCUGACACUAGAUUUUGGCACAUCAGACAUUAUAAGAAGUCAUAAGCUGUUGGGCAAUUUCCCUUAUUUCUAGAGAUCAGCAACUUUGUAGAAUAAAAAGCAAAGAAUAAACCUCAAAAUAUUUGGAACCACCCAUAAAAUGCUGUCAAUGCCAUAUUAUUCCACCACAAGCACUGUGAGGAUUAAAGCCAUUUACACAGUUUUGUGCCAUUUUUCUGUUUGGAAGGUAAUUGAGUCCUUCAAAUGAACUUGUUACAGAUUCAGUGCUAAUCUCCAUUUCCUUAAUGAUUGCCAAGUUUCAGGAAACAGUAAUAAAAUUAUUUCUUAAUAAUACAUACUUAAUACAAUGCUUGUAUAUUGCUGAAGUGCUGCUGAAAUAAUGCAAUAACUAGAGCAUCAUGACCUUUUUUAGAUGCUAAAAAGCUACAACAGGAGCUUUUUGGUGCAUUACUGUUUUAGUGUUCCCCCAGAAUUAACUCAUCCCAUUUUCUAAUGCCCAUUUUUCCAGGAGUUAAAAACCUGAUAAUUUUCUCAAUGUCUAAAAGACCAAAAUUC